CAUUUUAAUCUCUAGACAUUUGGUUUCACCUUCACAGUUCCAAUAUGGAGUUUUAUCUCUUUCCCAUCAUUACUUUUCUCAUGCAUGUGCUAGUGGCAACUAAUGCUGCGUUACCUCCUCAACUUUACUGGAAGUCCAUGCUUCCCACCACUCCAAUGCCAAAAGCCAUCACUAAUCUGCUACUCCCUGAUUGGAAGGAAGAGAAAGCUACCUCAGUGGGUGUAGGAAAAGGUGGUGUAAAUGUUGGUGUAGAAAAGGGAUAUGAAGGAGGUGGCACUGAUGUUAAUGUUGGUGGAGGAAACGGAGGAGUUUCUGUAAGAGCAGGACACAAAGGAAAGCCAGUACAUGUUGGAGUUGGAUAUUCACCAUUUAAUUACAUUUAUGCUGCCACUGAGACCCAAUUACAUGAUAACCCCAAUGUAGCCCUUUUCUUCUUGGAAAAAGACUUGCAUCAUGGUACCAAAUAUAACUUGCACUUCACUGAGAUCUCUAAUGCAGCCACAUUCUUGCCUCGCUCAGUUUCUGAUUCCAUACCCUUUUCAUCAAACAAGGUGGAUAACAUAUUCAACAAGUUUUCUGUCAAUCCAGAGUCAGAGGAGGCUGAAAUUAUGAAGAACACCAUCAGUGAGUGUGAAGAGCCUGCCAUUAGAGGAGAGGAAAAGCUUUGUGUAACUUCAUUAGAGUCCAUGGUUGAUUUCAGCACUUCCAAGCUUGGGAAUAAUGUUGAGGCUGUUUCAACAGAAGUGAACAAAGAAACUGAGUUACAACAAUACAGCAUAGCAAAAGGAGUGAAGAAGAUCGGGGGAGAGGACAAGGGUGUAGUGUGCCACAAGCAGAAUUACCCAUAUGCAGUGUUUUACUGUCACAAAACAGAUACAACAAGAGCUUACUCUGUGCCAAUGGAGGGUGCUGAUGGAAGCAGAAUCAAAGCAGUGGCAGUGUGCCACACUGACACAUCACAAUGGAACCCAAAGCAUUUGGCCUUUCAAGUUCUCAAAGUUCAACCAGGAACUGUUCCUGUUUGCCACUUCCUCCCUCAGGAUCAUGUUGUCUGGGUUACCAAAUAGAAACACAAGA